GUGGUGUUGUUUAUGUCGUGCAGCUUGGGUUUGACAUCUUGCGGCUAACCAAGCCACAUGUGAAGAUGAGUGUACCAGACUACAUGCAAUGUGCAGAGGACCAUCAAACAGUUCUUGUAGUGGUCCAGCCCGUGGGCAUUGUUCCAGAGGAUCAGUUUUUCAAGAUCUAUAAGCGCAUAGCGAGUGUGAGCCAGGUGACCAUCAAAAACUCUCAGCGCCUCCUCUACAUCCGCUAUCGCCACCAUUACCUCUCUGAAAACAAUGAGUGGGGAGACUUCCAGACGCACCGCAAGGUAGUCGGCCUCAUUACCAUCACAACCUGUGACUCGUCCAAAGAAUGGCCUCAGACAUCUGAGCGGUUUCACGGCCAGAAGGAGGUCUACAGCUCUACUCUGUAUGACUCCCGGCUACUGGUGUUCGGACUUCAAGGUGAGAUCGCAGAGCAGCCACGUACUGAUGUGGUCUUCUAUGCUGGAUUUGAGAACUGCUCUGACGUGGAGAAGAGGGUUGAGGACUUUGUUGAGUCAAUAUUCAUAGUUCUGGAGUCCAAACGUUUGGACAGAGCAACGGACAAGUCUGGUGACAAGAUCCCUCUGCUUUGUGUGCCAUUUGAGAAGAGGGACUUUGUGGGCUUGGACACUGACAGCAGGCACUACAAAAAGCGUUGUCAGGGAAGAAUGAGGAAGCAUGUUGGGGACUUGUGUCUCCAGGCAGGCAUGCUACAGGAUGCCCUAGUCCACUACCACAUGGCUGUGGAGCUUCUCCGUGGUGUCAAUGACUUCCUUUGGCUUGGAGCUGCAUUGGAGGGUUUGUGCUCGGCCUCUGUCAUCUACCAUUAUCCUGGAGGAACUGCUGGGAAGAAGGCUGGACAGAAGCCAAACACGUCACAGCCAACGGAUGCAGGGAAACGCCAUAGACCUGGAGCUCAGGAGGUUCUCAUUGAUCCAGGUGCCCUCACAACCAGCGGAAUCAGUGCUGACACCAGCACUGAGAUUGGACGUGCCAAGAAUUGCCUGAGUCAGGAGGACAUCAUUGAGAAAUACAAAGAGGCAAUCUCCUACUAUGGAAAGUAUAAGAGUGCUGGUGUGAUCGAGCUGGAAGCCUGUGUUAAGGCGGUAAGAGUUCUGGCCAUUCAAAAACGAGCCAGGGAGGCUGCCGACUUCUUGCAGAACGCAGUUUAUAUCAAUCUGGGUCAGCUAUCUGAGGAGGAGAAGAUCCAGCGCUACAGCAUCCUGUCGGAACUCUAUGAGCUGAUCGGCUUCCAUCGCAAGUCUGCAUUUUUCAAACGCGUGGCUGCCAUGCAAUGUGUGGCCCCCACCAUCUCAGAGCCUGGCUGGAGGGCUUGUUACAAACUUCUUUUAGAGACACUCCCUGGAUACAGUCUUUCUCUGGAUCCCAAAGACUUCUGCAAAGGUACUCAUCUGGGUUGGGCUGCUGUUCAAAUCCGACUGCUCCAUGAGCUGGUUUAUGCCUCCCGUCGUAUGGGAAACCCAGGACUCUCUGUCCGCCACUUGUCCUUCCUGCUGCAGACCAUGCUGGACUUCCUCUCCGAUCAAGAGAAGAAGGAGGUGACCCAAAAUCUUGAGAAUUAUACCUCUAAGUGUCCAGGAGGAAUGGACGUCAUCACACUCCCUGACGGCUUAAAGCUCCCACCGGUACCCUUCACCAAGCUCCCUAUUGUCCGAUCAGUCAGGCUUUUGGAUCUCCCUGCUAGUCUGCGUCCUCACAAAGUCAAAGACCUGCUGGGGAAAAGUGUGACAUCAGCCAGCCCCUUCAUCUACUCUCCCAUUUCUAUCCACAACAGAGGAGAAGAAUGCAGCAAAAUUGAUUUCCAGUGGGUUCAAGGAGAUGUGUGUGAGGUGCAGCUCAUGGUCUACAAUCCCAUGCCGUAUGAACUCAGAGUGGAGAAUGUGGGUUUGUUGACCUCUGGAGUGGAGUUUGAGUCCCUCCCUGCUGCCCUGUCUCUCCCUGCUGAAUCGGGCCUCUACCCAGUUACCCUUGUUGGGAUUCCUCAAACCUCCGGCAACAUUGCGAUCAAUGGUUAUCAUGCUUCGGUGUUUGGUGUUACCAGUGAGUGUCUGCUGGAAAAUCUGCCCAGUGUGAAAAGCAGUGGUUGUUUAGUGGAGGUUAUUCCGUCUCUUCCUCGUCUGCAGCUGAGCACUUCAUUGCCAAGGUCGGCCAUUACUCCUCAGUCUAAAGAAGAGCUGUCUAGCUCCGUGGCUCUUCAGUUGUACAAUGGAGAAAGCCAGCAGUUGACUGUCACUCUGGAGAAUUUUGGAUCUGUGGACAUCGAGACACUCGAGGUCACAUCUAAAAUCACCAACACUAAAGAGAAAAUGUUUGGAGAGUUUCUGUCCUGGGACCUGGACCAGGUUUUAUCUCACCUGCCUUUAAAGUCUGGUCAGUCUGUGACUCUGAACCUCACUGUCAAUGUCAAAUUGGACUUCUCUGGCCAGGAGAACCUGUUGCACGACCUUAACGACGAUGGUAUCAGUGUGACUGGCCUACCUAUCUCAAGUCCACUGCGACAAGUUCUUAAAACCAGGAACGAGAGCAAGUCAGGCAGCAGUGAGUCUGGCAAAGCAGAAUACAGCCAUGUCAAGACUUUGGAGGCGAUAAUGAACUUCAAAUACUCAGGUGGAGCAGGCAAAGUGGGAGGUUACUACAGGGAACUCUCUCUGGGGGUCCAUGUUGAUGUGGAGCCAUCUGUGUUCUUCACCAGAGUCAGCACACUUCCUGCAACAAGCACCCGCCAGUGUCACCUGCUGUUCGACAUUUUUAACCCAACUGAGCAUGAGCUGACUGUCAGUGCAAAGAACAACCAGGAUCUGGUCCUUCACCCCAGUGAGUGUCAAAGGAUGGCUAUCCAAGUCAACAAGUUUGACUUUGAGAGCACCCUACAGCUGCACCAAGAGAACAUUUGCCUGACUGAUCUCAAAUAUCUUGAGGAGGAACAUCAGCAUGCACGAGGCUGUCAGAUCAACAGCAAGCUGGGCAUUUGCUGGAGCAUUCCAUCUCUGCAGCGUGGUGGAGAGGCAAGUGUGGAAGGGGUUCUCAACCAGCUGAUACUGGAGCACCUUCAACUGGCUCCACUGCAGUGGGAUGUGCUGGUGAACGGAAAACCAUAUGACUGUGACACCAUUGCAGACUGUAAAGUGGGUGACGCGGUCACCCUUGAGAUCAGACUGGUCAACCAAAGCAAGAACUCUGUGGGCCCACUGGCGCUGACUAUGGUGCUGUACCAGGACUUCCACAAUGGCGUGCACAACUAUGACUUGGAGGACUCUGUGACCUUCAUUGGCUCCAACACCUUCUACAUUGACACGGUAAAGCCCAAGGGAACAUCAGUGUGUAAGGGGGCCAUGAUCUUUCUCUACACUGGAGACUUCUACCUGAAUAUCAAGUUCCAGGAUGACAACUCAGGACGAGAGCUUCCUCUGGCCUGGUUUGCCCUGCCUAGUGUCCACAUAAGAGUGCUGGACACACCACCACAGGCUGGGGCCUGAGCUGCCCAUGAGGUAGCCAGGACAUGCUGGUUAGUUUUGAGGACUGAUGUCGCUUGUCUUUGAGGGAGGCAGCAGCAGUUCAGGACCAUCAGCUUUUUACGAUUUGGUGUCAAAGUGUUGAAUCUGAUUGCUACAGAUGCUCUUUCACGUUAUAUUCUCUUCCAUUUGAAUUGAAACAAUCGAAAAUAAAAAUCAUUCAUCAACUGAUUUCUCUUCUCACAGUCUUCUUGUUCUGCUGUCCAAUAAUAAUAAUAAUAAUAAUAACAAUAAUAAUGUAACAUGAAGGGCAGUGAAUUUUGGUGAUCUUGACUGUCGAUGUGCUCAGUGUCAUUAGAGAGAACUAGGCACCCCCACAUCUUAGUCUGGAGAGUAAGUUUCCUCUUUUGCCUUCUUAAUAUACUGUCACGCUCAUGUGUUGACCACUUUCAAAUAAAUGCUUGUUCUUAGAAUGACUGUCUUUGACUUCUGCGACUUGUUUCUCUCACCUUGGAUUGCAUGAAUGCACCCAGGAGUUAUCAUAUCAGCUGAGCCUGCUUCAGUGGGAAACAGAAGGAGACGCCCCCCAAUCCUGCAAGAGAGGGAGAGAGAACAGCGGGAGCAGGAAGUUGCCCCCAGGAAACUUACCCGUUUUCAUUGGGUUCUCCUGGUAGAAGUCUUGGAUGAGUCAUGGAUCAAGGAUGAGAGAUCGGGGGAUCCA